CACACCCACAUUCUGAAACUAAAAACCAAAACAUAAACAAACUCACAGCAUACAAAGACAGAAAGACAAUCAAGCACACAUAAUAAGCCCACAAAGACAAGACAGACAGACAGACAGACAGACACACACACACACACACACACACACACACACACACACACACACACACACACACACACACACAUUGACACAUUAUUAGGCACACCAUCCACUGGCAAUGGGCAACUCCGCUCGCAAAGGGGAGGGGGGCGAGGAGGGCGGUGAGGAGGAGGAGAAGGGGGAGGACGGAGAGAAGGAGAAAGUGAUCAAGAAGGAGGAGGAGGAGGGUGCGGAGAAGGAGAAGGAGGAGGAGGCGACUGCUCAAGAGGAAGAGGAGGAGGCGGCGGAGGACGACGAGGACCUCCCCACGGGCGUGGACGACCUGCUGGCCAGCGGCGACCCCGUCCUCGACCUCAGCUACAAGAAGUUCCGGCGCAUUCCGCGGCAGGUCCUGGGCCUGGAGCACCUGGAGAAGCUGUACAUGUGCGGCAACCGGCUGCGCAAGGUGCCGCGCGGCAUCACGCAGCUGCAGGGCCUGCGCACGCUGGCGCUGGACUUCAACAAGCUGGACGACGUGCCGCUGGCCGUGUGCCAGCUGGUCAACCUCACCCGCCUGUACCUGGGCAGCAACCGGCUCAUGACCCUGCCGCCGGAGGUGCGGCAGCUGCAGGCGCUGCGCUGCCUGUGGGUGGACAGCAACUACUUCCAGCGCUUCCCCAAGCAGCUGUACGACCUGCCCCACCUGCGCUCGCUGCAGUUCGGGGACAACCGGCUGCGCACGCUGCCCAGCGACUUCUCCCGCAUGGAGGCCCUGCGCGGACUCUGGCUCUACGGCAACCGCUUCGAGGAGUUCCCCAAGGUGCUAUUGCGCAUGGAGGGCCUGGAGAUCCUGGACAUAGACAAGAACAAGAUCAGCACCUUCCCCAGCCUGGCGCACCUGCCCAACCUGCGCCUCUUCUCCUACGACCACAACCCCACGGAGGGCCCGCCCAAGGUCACCGAGGAGGUCGUCCUGGUCGGGGAGGGCGCGGCCGAGGAGCUGGAGGCACGCGAGCGGCGCAUCGAGAGGCGGGAGCAGAAGCAGAGGGAGCGCGAGGAGGAGGAGGCGGCGGCCGCCGCGGAGGCAGCAGCGGCUGCAGAGGCAGCCGAGGCCGAGGCCGCCGAGGAACGCGCCAUUCACGGCAUCCUCAAGAACUCAGGCAACGGCCCCAACGGCAAAGCGGCCAAUGGCGGAUGCGUGCUCAACGGACACCCCGGCACGGACGGAGGCGGCGGAGGGGAGGAGGGGGAAGGAGAGGUGGGCCUGGGAGUGGAGUUCAUGGAAGGGGAGUUGGAGUACGAGGAGGAAGGGAUUGACUAUGAGAGGGACGUGUAUGUGUGUGAGGGCGAGGGCUUUGAGUACGAGGGGGGCCUUCUGGAGUAUGAGGGCGCAGAGUUAGACUAUGAGUAUGAGGAGGAAGAGCGUCCUCAGGUGCUGAGGAGAUGAACCGGACAUUAACAGUGAUAACCUGAUCAUUAACAACUCCACCCCUUCAAUGGGUAAGGGCGUGCUGUCAAAAGGACCUAAGCUCUAUCCACCUUGUCAUCCACGGUUACAAGCAUGGCACCCUUACUGUUUUGGUUGCAGUUGCUAUUGGUAGUUCAUUCAGUAGGGUCGUGGGAGCAUGACAAACGUUGAAAUGGACGGGCUUAAUGGGCACGUUUGGAAUUCUAGAAUCUUCCAUUGUUGUGGAACACGUUUUUGUAGUGUGGGCCGGGGCAUACUGUCUUAGGCGCCAUAUUGACUCUCGCAUUCAAGUCAAUAGAUCGAACGCACAAUAUGUCUCUGCAAUCAGGUCUGAUUGGUUGUAGGUCUGGCCAGCAGUACAAAGACAGUUGAAAGACAUCUCUCUCAAGGCUCUUUUGAGAACUUCCUCUCUGUUUGAGGUUUUCCAGAUAAAGCUCCAUUUCCAAUCUGGGAGCGACAGCUAAGCUACCCAUUUUAUUGAAUGUUCAAAAGCUCUUUUAAAGACAUUAUAUUAUAAAAGCAUUUAAGUAGAAUUUAUUGAUUCAUUCAUUUAUUGUGCAUGGUUGACUUCUUGACUUUCCGCCAAUCAUAUCCUUGUCGCAUUCAACGACGGGCGGAGUUGACAGGCUGCAAGGUAUGAUGGCAAUUCGUUACCAUGGACACAUGAGGGCUGAUCCACUCUUUGAACUUCAACACUUUUUUUAAACAUCCAAGGGCUGGGAGCUGCACAGAUGGUUCCUGUUGAGGACAUGGACAGUGUGUGUAUAUGUGUGUGUGUGUGCGCGCACGUGUGUGUGUGCGUGUGUGUACAAAAAUGGGCAUACCUGAAUAAGUGUGAUGUUUGCAUAACCAUUUAACUUCAUGUCAAAUACGUAUGAGGACUGUCUGUGACCGUGUGUGUGUAUGUGUGUGUGUGUGUGUGUGUGUGCAUGUGUGUUUCAUGAGCUGUGUACACAGGAGGUGUAGAGCGACCCAGGUACUGCUGUGUGUGUUGUGUGCCGGUGAAACUGAAGCUUGUCUCAUUAAAGAAUAAACACACUC